ACAGAAAACACUAAUACACGGAGAGGACCAUCCCAUUCCCAGGUGGGUUCAACCAAUACCUGAUUAGUACCCGAGAUUUCAUCAAAUUGAGGUAGGUCAACCUCAACCUUGACGUUUCUGAAACCCCCACUUUCUUUUAUGUUUAGGCCAUGAAACUCCGGCUUCCUUUAAAUCCUAUUGUUUCACUCGAAUCUUGAGCUUUAUCACACUGGAAGAGAGGAUUUUGACUGUAAUUGGAUAUUUCUUUUCUGUGAAAUCAUCCUUUGGGUUUCUCUGAGGUUCUUGAAAUAAUGUGGGUACUGCUUGUUUCCCACAAUGUACGAGGGGGUGAUUCCCAAAUGAAGCAAGACAGGUGACGCUCUGCUUUGAAAUUCAAAAUUGACAGGUUGUAAUUUGAAUGCCAUAUUCUGCAAUGUCUUGGGUUCACUCUCAAAUUCUGCAGAAUAAUGGUGACAUGGCUGGCCAGCCUAUUCUUUCUCCAUCUCCUUCUUCUCCUUUGCCUUACAUUUCUAACUUCCAGAAGCAAAUAAGCCCAUCUCCAGUUUCUUCAUCUGGGAACAAAAUAAGUCCAGCAGUGCUGUUUAUCAUAGUUGUUCUAGCUAUUGUGUUUUUCAUUUCGGGUCUCCUUCACUUGCUUGUUAGAUUUCUCAUAAAGAACAGGUCUUCCUCAUCAAUUUCUCAAUCCAAUAGAUACCCGGAUAUGUCUGAAUCAGAUGCUUACCAGAGGCAGUUACAGCAGCUGUUUCAUCUUCAUGAUUCAGGGCUGGAUCAGGCUUUCAUAGACGCUCUUCCUGUCUUCUUUUAUAAGGAGAUAAUAGGCUUGAAAGAGCCAUUUGAUUGUGCCGUUUGCCUUUGCGAAUUCUCAGAUCAUGACAAGUUGAGGUUGCUGCCCAUGUGCAACCAUGCUUUUCACAUUGACUGUAUAGACACCUGGUUGUUGUCUAAUUCAACCUGUCCUCUCUGUAGAGGGACUCUGUAUACACCAGGAUUUCCCUUUGAAAACACGGCUUUUGACUUUGAAGACCCAAGGGAAGAAGACGGGGUUUCGACAGGCACUGUUGCAGGUGACGCUGCUUCUGUUCACAAACAUGCAGAAAAUCACAUUAUGAGCGGAAGAAGGGUGUUUUCUGUCAGACUUGGAAAAUUCAGAAGCUCAAAUACCAGACAAGAAGUAGAAAAAAGUGAAGGAGAAAGCAGUGCUAGUAGUAGUAAUUUGGAUGCAAGGAGAUGCUAUUCAAUGGGGUCUUUCCAGUACGUGGUUGCUGAUUCAGAUUUAAGAGUAGCUUUAUGCCCCAGUAGGGGUGAUGUGAGUAGUGGCAGUAUGAGACAGUUGAGAGUGCGAGUAGCUCAGAAUGGGAAUAAUCCUUCCGCUGAUUCUGACUUUGAGGGCAAAAAACUCAACAUUGCGAGGAAAGGGGAAAGCUUUUCUGUUUCCAAGAUCUGGUUAUGGUCUAAGAAGGAUAAAUUACCAGGUUCUUCAAUAACCCAUAUGGGAAAUUCUACUAAUGUCACUCCAAAUUUGCCUUGGAUGAAUAGAACUAGAGGUACAUGAGGCUACCACUCAAUACUUUGUAUUUUGAUCACUUAUAUAUCAAUAAAUCUAUUUGUUGA